GAAAUACACAAUAAAAGUUGGCCUUCGUUAUAAAGUCUGUUUUUAAAGUCAUUCAACGAAAUCCUUUAAACUUCACCGCCAAAAAAUAAGGAAAGAGACGAGAUUCUAAUUCACUAAAAAAAAGAAAAGGUACAUUGAGACUUGCCUUAUCCUUUAGUGAAAUGGAAUUUGAACUGUACUAAACCCUUGGAAAGUUUUUCGGUUCGGUUAUAUCUUUAGUUUGUAGUGACUUUGUUGAUCGUCUUUUUUUGGGAAAUGGUAAACGAUGUAGUAGAGACAUGUCCUCACAUAAAAUUACAAUCCUCGUUUAUUGAACCUUACCAUAAAAUAUGUACGCAGAUAUUUGCUCGUAAUAACCUUCGGCGUUGGUGCAGCGUUUGUAGAAAAUCAAAUAAACGAACUCUACGGUGUUUAGAAUGUGAAUAUACUGGAUGUUUGUGGGAUCAACAUUUUGAACAACAUGUUAAAGAAUCUCGGCAUUCCUUUGGUGUGGAUUUAAAAAACUGUCAUAUCUAUUGUUAUGUCUGUAAAGAUUAUGUCUAUCAUCCGCGUUUAGAAAUGUUACGAGUAAAAAUUCAAAAUAUCCGAGCUUGGCAAAAUAAACAUAAACGCUUGCCUGAUCGCUAUGAACAAACAAUAUCUUUAUAUCCUUACGAAAAGUAUUCUUCCAUUUGCUGUACUGCAGGUCUACGCGGGAUCCAGAAUUUAGGAGCUACCUGCUUUAUGAGCGUAAUUCUUCAAAGCACCUUGCACAAUCCUUUACUCCGGAAUCUUUUCCUUAGUGGGUUUCAUACUUUCGAAACUUGCAAGCGUUCUUCCUGCAUGACAUGCGCUAUUGAUAAUAUGUUUGCAUCCGUUUAUGCCUCUAAAGAGAAAACAAGCUUUUACGGCCCAACCGUCAUACUGAACCUAAUGUGGAAGAUGAGUAAAAGUCUUUCUGGCUAUUCUCAGCAAGAUGGACAUGAAUUUUUGGUAUACCUUCUCGACCAAAUGCACUCCGAAAGCGGCGGAGAUAAUUCUUUCCCAUGUAAGUGUCCUAUUCAUAAAAUAUUUAGUGGGUCUAUGAAAAACGUUAUUACUUGCUCUGAAUGCAAAACUCAAAAGGUUGCCACUGAUCCUUUGAUGGAGGUCAGCUUAGACCUGCACGAACCUUCCAUUCAAGGAUGCUUAGAAAGAUAUAUAUCUCCAGAACACAUUCAAUAUACGUGUAGCGAUUGUAGUGCGAAAACGGCUACAAAGCAACUCUUUUUUGAUAAACUUCCUCCGACCCUUUGUUUGCAAUUGAAGCGUUUUGAGCAAAAUUCGUUUGCUAUAUCCACCAAAGUAGACAAGGUGAUUACUUAUCCCAUGCUUUUGAAAAUGCAAUACAACUUCAAUCAGGAUUCUGUGGAUUAUCAAUUAUACUCAAUCGUUUGUCACAAAGGCACUUUAGAUACUGGCCAUUAUAUUGCUUAUACUUUAUUUCAGGAUCAUUGGUAUUUACUUGAUGAUACUACAAUAACUGUUGUAUCAGAGUCAGAAGUACUAAAUACACAGGCAUACCUUUUAUUCUAUCACGAGAAAAAUUUGGUUUAUGAAGAUGAGCAUUCAGAAAAAAACUAAGUAUAUUGAAAACAAUUCAAAAGUUUGUUGGCGAUCAGAUAUCCGUUCGUAUACAUUUUUCACAAGAACCUCAUACUCAACAAUCAUGCUGUUGGGUUCCUUCAUCGGUGAAUAAAUCAUCAUUUCGCCCAAAACAUCUGCAUUUCUUCAACAAGAGAGACCUAGGGCCAAGAUUGAUCGUUAUAACUUCUUUUAAAAAUAGAUUUCAUUUCUGAUUGGAUAUAAAGUUCAACAUUUUUGCUAUAAAAUAUUAGAUUAAAUAGUUUCAAGGAAUAUGGAACAAGUUUUAACAGAACAUUUCAAUGCUUGGGCUGUUGCAAGUCACUCUUUGACAGGUAGGGUUAUUUCAUCUAAAUCUUCAGGUAUAUCGCAAGCCUGAAGAAUUUGUGGAACUUCGGCACCCAUGUCUCUACAAAACGAAAGCAGAGAGAGCGUCUGAUCAGUCCAAAGAUUAGCGGCUUCAAGAUAAUUCAUUGUCAUUUUCUCUUUUAAAGCGAUUGUUUCAGGAUUGCAAUGGUUUAAACUUGCAAGCUGAGACUGCAAGGAUUGGAGUAACGACUCCUUUUGUGCCAACACUUGAGGUGUAAAGGUUUCAUCAUCUCCAUUUUCGUUUUCAGAUUUUCGUUUGGCAGUUUCAGUAGCAAUAGAUUCAGAGACUUGACGGACCUUUUCCCUAUAUUCAUCUAGCUGCGCUUGAAGAGAUUCGAUGGUUGCUUCACGAGACCUUUUUGCCUCUGAUGGAAACGACCAGUAAUAGUUGCUUGUUCCAAUUUUUUCAGACUUCACGAGGCCAUCAUCGACCAACGACUGCAACACGUCUUUUACUGUUUGAAGGACAAUUUGCCGCUUAGAGCCUAGUUUUUCAAUUUCUUUCAACUGAAAAAAGUCUUUCUAAAAGAAUUCAGCGUCAAUAAAUAACAUUUUUCUUAUUUUAAAGCCUUAGUCCAUCAAAAUACCGUUCAUUAUUUAA